CAACUGGUAACUUGGAAUAGGGCGCGAGAGGACUCUAUAAGGCGGUGUCCCUGCCUGUGCGGACGAAGGAAGGAUGCAAACGAUAAAGUGUGUGGUGGUGGGAGACGGGGCGGUGGGGAAGACCUGCCUGCUCAUCUCCUACACGACUAAUGCCUUCCCUGAGGAGUACAUCCCCACGGUCUUUGACAACUACAGCGCUCAGAUGAGCGUGGACGGGCGCACGGUCAGCCUCAACCUGUGGGACACGGCCGGUCAGGAAGAGUACGACCGCUUACGCACCCUCUCCUACCCGCAGACCAACGUCUUCAUCAUCUGCUUCUCCAUCGGCAGCCCGUCUUCGCACGCCAACGUGCGCCACAAAUGGCACCCGGAGGUUUCCCACCACUGCCCUAACGUGCCCAUCCUUCUGGUGGGCACCAAGAAAGACCUGCGUUCCGACGGUGACACGGUGAAGAAGCUGAAAGAACAGGGCUUGGCCCCCACCACCCAGCAGCAAGGCAGCGCCCUGGCCAAGCAGAUCGGCGCCGUCAAGUACCUGGAGUGCUCCGCGCUCCUCCAGGAGGGAGUUCGGGAGGUGUUUACUGAAGCGGUGCGUGCCGUGCUCUAUCCUGUUACCAAAAAGAAUUCCAAAAAGUGUGUGCUCUUAUAGUCUGUGGCUCCAGGACCUGGCUGCCAGUGCGGACACACGGCGGGCGAUGGACAGCCAUUCGUUGGUUGCCGGCGGUAACAGUCAUCUCUCUUGUUCCUGUAGAUGCCUUCUGGCCUCUCUGCUUUUUUUGAGCGCCAAAGUCCCCUUUUCCUGGUUUGACUUUUACACCAAAUUGUUUGUUUGUUUGUUUGAUUUGUAGUUUGAUCUGCAUCCUGACACACGCGCACCUGUUUUAACUCGGUCGCGUCUGUCAAGAUUCACUUGUGCUUACACAGGUGGUAGAAAUGGUAUGGAGACAUGAGUAUUGGAUGUGUAUAAGUCGGGAGUGGUCUGUAUGAACGAGCCCGUCUGAGCAGACCGUCUUCCUUUCUUGUCCUUUGGAAGACCAGUCAGGAGCCAUGGACCUGUCCACCACCUGAAGACAAGGCCUUCAACAGGCAGAGAAGCGAGCACUCUUCUCCCUGUUUAGUCUCAGAGGAGGCCUCCCAUUCAGUGCCAUGAACUCAGUGUGUGCCUUGUAAAGCAGCCCCUAACCUCUGUCUCCUGUCUCACCCCUCUCCCUGUGCUCCUAAAGAAAACCAGCGGAAGACAGGUCCUGUCAGGGAUCGGGAGCGGCACGGCAGACGCCUGCUGGCCUGAGCUGUCAGUGUGUUGUCAGGACCGUGUCUUGCUCUGUCAGUGCUCCAUCAUUAAUGACGCACGCGGGCACCGACACUAGCCCGGAGUGUGGGGACCUGCACACGUGGCCCUUACAUGAUCUGAAUUAAUGUGUAAUGUGUUUUCUGAAUCAGCACAAACCAAAUGUUUUGAUACAGUAAGUGUCCUCUCUGGUGUUUGUUGUUAUCGUAUGUGUUGUGAUGUUAUUGGAGAAAGUGAAAAAGUGUUUUGAGUGCCUUGUUCAAACAGUAUCAGACAUAUCAUUGGCCAAAGGCUGGUUCUCUGUUUUAACCUGCACAAAGGCUUGGGACUUCUGUGUGUCCACACACACAAAUGACUUCACUGUGUUGACAUUACUUUUGCCUUUUUAAAGUACUCAUCAUUCAUGCAGCCCAGAACUUGAGCUUUAGCCUACCUGCUG